UGCUGAGCUGACAGGAGGCGGUGUAGUGCGGCUCUCAGCGCUGGUUCAGGAUGUUUGGAAAACUUUUCGUUUUGCUCUUUCUUCUCUCGGUUUUUCACCAUGAGCUCGCCGACGCCCAGAAGAAAAAAGAGACGCUGCUGUCAGAGAAGGUGACUCAGAUGAUGGAGUGGGCCUCCAAGCGUUCAGUCAUCAGGAUGAAUGGAGAUAAGUUUCGUCGCUUUGUCAAGGCUCCUCCCAGAAACUACUCAGUGGUCAUCAUGUUUACAGCACUGCAGCCACAGAGACAGUGUGGGGUCUGCAGACAAGCCGAUGAGGAGUUCCAGGUGCUGGCUAAUUCCUGGCGUUAUUCCUCUGCCUUUACUAAUAAAGUCUUCUUUGCAUCUGUCGAUUUCGACGAAGGAUCAGACGUGUUUCAGAUGCUGAAUAUGAAUUCUGCUCCGACAUUCCUCCACUUCCCAUCCAAAGGGAAACCUCGAAGGUCUGAUACCUAUGAGCUGCAGGUUAGAGGCUUUGCGGCGGAGCAGCUGGCUCGAUGGGUGGCAGACAGGACUGAUGUGCAGAUCCGUGUUAUUCGUCCUCCCAACUACGCUGGGCCUCUCCUGCUAGGCUUCCUCCUGGCUGUGAUUGGAGGAUUAGCAUAUCUACGAAGACACAAUUUGGAGUUUCUCUUUAACAAGAAUGUCUGGGCCUUCUCUGCACUGUGCUUUGUCCUGAUCAUGACUUCAGGCCAGAUGUGGAACCACAUCAGAGGGCCACCUUAUGCACACAAGAACCCCAGCACCGGACAAGUUAGUUACAUCCACGGCAGCAGUCAGGCCCAGUUUGUGGCUGAGACACACAUCGUCCUACUCUUCAAUGCUGCUGUCACCAUGGGAAUUGUGCUGCUGUGUGAGGCUGCCACCUCUGACAUAGACAUUGGAAAGAGAAAGAUUAUGUGUGUAGCAGGUAUCGGUUUGGUGAUGCUGUUCUUCAGCUGGCUGUUGUCCAUCUUCAGAGCUAAGUACCAUGGAUACCCAUACAGCUUCCUGAUGAGUUAGAGCCGACCACUUGAGAACAGGAAGUUCUGUCAACCUGCAGGGUGCUGUCCACGGCAAAGAAUGCCAUCACUGUUUGCUAAGCCAUGAUUUGUCUUCUGAUCUGUCGAGUCAAAAGUGUGCGUGUCAGCACACACACAGACACACAAUGUGCCUUUACAACAAUAGAACCCUCAUCACCGGAGUGCAUCCUAAACGGUCUUGUGCCAAAAGCUGUUUUCUACACGGGGACCUAGAUGAAAAUCUGAAUUUCUUAAAUUGAUUGAUUGGUAAUAAUUUCAGAGACAAAUUCCAGUGUGUAUCUUUCUUUUCAAUUGUUUGUUAGCUGUUGUUGGCGCGUGUGUCUGGGGCUGAACUUGAAGUAGGAUGUGGUAUUUAUAGAGUGGCGACACCUUCUCCAUCUUCUGUGAUAUUGUCCCCCCCCACUACUGUGCUGCUCUGGAAGCUAUGGGCCAUACACUGCUGAGCCACUGCAGAGUCUGAUGACAUGACUGCUAAUAUGAUAACUGAAUAUAAUAGAGUGAUACUAUUUAGGGUAUAACAGAGUAACACAUUACUUCAUUCACAUAAACAGUUUUUUGCCUCAGCAUCAGACCAUCAGACACUCAGAGUUUGCUAUGAACCUGUUUGGAGUUGAAGAGUUUAAAGUGCUCACAGAUGGAGGGAUGGCGGUUUAAAAGGUUUUUUUUUCCCUAUUAUGGGGA